AUGAAUCAAACAUCAGCGUUUAGAGAAAAAGGUAAUUAUUUCAAUCAUAAGACAGUUGGAUACUCUACAGCAGUGGAUUUGUCAGGAGUUAUACAAAAUUCACUUAUUGAUGAUGAUCAUUUUAAUGUAAUUAAUAAUAACGAAAUAAAUCGAUCACUCAAUCAACCUUAUUUGAAUGAUCGCGUAGUUCCUAUAAAUCUACUUGAAGAUUACGUAACAAAUAAUCCUAUUUUACAUGGGCAUGAGAAAUUUUGUUGUGAAUAUAAAAAUAAUACUUGUCAGCAUCAGUUAAACAACAAUUUCAAUAUUCAAUCUGAAUCAAAUUGCUCCACAUGUUCAAAUAGAAAACGUUUAAUUCUACCUAAUCAAACUAAUAAUGAUCAUGAUAGUUAUGUAUAUGAUUGUUGUGAAUUAAAACAAGAUCCUUUUGAAUCUAUCAUCAAUUCAAUUUAUGACAGUAAUAAUUCUAAUUGUACAAUAAUAUCAUUUCUUCAAAAUGAUAAUCAUAAUAAUAAUCGUGAUGAGAAAUCAUUCAAUUCAAAUCAAACUCUUUUAUUGAAUCCAAUUUACACAAAUGAGUUUUGUUUAAAUGAAUUCAUAUCAAAUUCAGUGAUCAAUAAUCCAUAUACAUCGUAUUUCAAAUAUCAUACAAAAACGUAUCCAAUUCAAAGAUCAUAUGAUACAAUCUGUCAUAAUUGCAUGUUAUACUCUAAUACAAUCAAUGAAAAUAUUCAUCUAUUUAUUAAACAACACCAACGACAACAACGAGAGAAUUGUAUUCAUUGUAUAUUGAAAUGUGAUAAUUCAGUUUUAGCGCCUAAAUUAAACGAAACUAUUUCUUAUUAUCAUGAUGAUAAUAAUAAUAAGAGUAUUAACAGAAAUGAAUGCCAAUACUAUCCAUUAGAUAGAAUGAAUAGAAUGUGUAAAUAUAAUCAUUUCAAUGAAUAG